AUGCACCUCGGGUGCAAUAUACGGGGACGUAUGAACAAUAACAACGAAGAAAAGAUACACUUGUGUUUAAGGCACGGCCUGUUCUUGGACGAUCAUCAUGAGCUGACUAACGUCAUCAGUCGACGUCUUUCGCCGGAACACAGAGUAGCGGCGGUGACGGCGUGUGGAGCACACGAAGCAAGCGGUCGCUAUAACAGCAAUCUAAGUCUCAACGCGGUGGUUAUCGACGCCAUCGUUGUCGGCAUAGUCGUCAUCAAACCCGCAAUGAACGGAGGAGGAGGCAGCGAAGAAAGAUGUGUGGGGCCAGGGAGAGGCUACUUGGCGUUCCUCUCAACGCCACCAGCAUUGCAGAAAUCAUCAUUGAAUGUUAAACUUAUAAAAUCUAUCUAUCUAUCUAUCUAUCUAUCUAUCUAUCUAUCUAUCUAUCUAUGUGAGUCUAUUCCAUAUCUAUCUAUCUAUCUAUCUAUCUAUCUAUCUAUCUAUCUAUCUAUCUAUCCCAAUCUCAUUAUCUAUCUAUCUAUCUAUCUAUCUAUCUAUCUAUCUAUCUAUCUGAACAUAGUUACGCCCUCUAUGAAAUUAUUAAUUCUAUUUUUGUUUUCUUUUUGUAGAGGGUCAAUCUAUCUAUCUAUCUAUCUAUCUAUCUAUCUAUCUAUCUAUCUAUCUCCAUUCCCUAUAUAUUGUUGUCUAUCGUCAAUCUACAAAUAUUUUCGUGCCUGUCUAUCUAUCUAUCUAUCUAUCUAUCUAUCUAAUUCUAUUCAUUAUCUAUCUAUCUAUCUAUGUCAGCCUUUUGGUAUGUAUGUAUGUAUGUAUGUAUUUGUCUAUGUAUCUAUCUAUCUAUCUAUCUAUCUAUCUCAGUCUAAGUAUUUUCUUAUCUAUCUAUCUAUCUAUCUAUCUAUCUAUCUAUCUAUCUAUCUCAUUCUGUUCAUAUCUAUCUAUCUAUCUAUCUAUCUAUCUAUCUAUCUAUCUAUCUAUCUAUCUCAUUCUGUUCAUAUCUAUCUAUCUCAGCCUGGUCAUAUCUAUCUAUCUAUCUAUCUAUCUAUCUAUCUAUCUAUCUAUCUAUCUAUCUAUCUCAGCCUGGUCAUAUCUAUCUAUCUAUCUAUCUAUCUAUCUAUCUAUCUAUCUAUCUAUCUAUCUAUCUCAGCCUUUUUAUAG